ACUUCACCUCUCCCGCUACUCUCGGUCGUCUUCUGUGCCGUCUGCUCUGCAACGUGGUGGGGCUGGAGACUCCGUCGGAUCUCCCCAGCACCCAGCCAGGACCAGGGCUCCGCGGGGAGGGUCUUUGGGGUCUUUGUCAAGACCCGAGGGGCAGCGUCCGCUUUCCGCUGUCCCCCAGGACGGCCGGAGGCCCCCCAGUCCGGCGACGGCGGGAGGCGGGCGGCCGGUAUGCAAAUACCUGGCGGGCGGGGGCCACCUCCCGCUCAGAUAAAAGCUCUGGGCGGGGCGCCGCGCAGAAGCCGCUGCCUCCCGGGAGCCGGCCGUGCGCUCCGGCCCCGCGCCCACCCGCAGCUUGCUCGCCUGGCUCCCUGGCUCCGGUAACUGGAUAAAAGAAGACUGGAAACAUGUCGGAGUUUUGGUUAAUUUCUGCCCCUGGCGAUAAGGAAAAUUUACAAGCUCUAGAGAGGAUGAACACAGUGACCUCCAAGUCCAACCUGUCUAAUAACACCAAAUUUGCGAUUCCUGACUUCAAGGUGGGGACCUUGGAUUCCCUGGUUGGCCUCUCUGAUGAGUUGGGGAAACUCGAUACGUUUGCUGAAAGCCUCAUAAAGAGAAUGGCCCAGAGCGUGGUGGAAGUGAUGGAAGACGCCAAAGGGAAAGUUCAGGAGAACCUCCUGGCCAACGGAGUUGAUCUAACGUCCUUCGUGACCCAUUUUGAAUGGGACAUGGCCAAAUACCCUGCGAAGCAGCCACUGGUGAGUGUGGUGGACACUCUAGCAAAGCAACUGGCACAGAUCGAGACUGACCUGAAAUCCCGCACGGCCGCCUACAACACUCUGAAGACCAACCUGGAGAAUCUUGAGAAGAAAUCCAGGGAGAACCUCUUCACUCGGACACUGAGCGAUAUCGUGAACAAAGACGACUUUGUGUUGGGGUCCGAGUAUCUGAUCACACUGCUGGUCAUUGUCCCCAAACCAAGCUACGUACAAUGGCAAAAAACCUACGAAUCCCUCUCAGACAUGGUGGUGCCUCGGUCAACCAAGCUGAUCACUGAGGACAAAGAGGGCGGCCUCUUCACGGUGACCUUGUUUCGAAAAGUGAUUGACGAUUUCAAAACCAAAGCCAAAGAAAACAAGUUCACUGUCCGUGAAUUUUACUAUGAUGAAAAAGAAAUUAAAAGGGAAAGGGAAGAGAUGACCAGAUUGCUGUCUGAUAAGAAGCAACAAUAUCAAACUUCCUGUGUUGCUCUUAAAAAGGGACCAUCUACCUUCCCGGACCACAAGGUUAAGGUAACCCCGCUAGGUAACCCUGAUAGGCCCGCUGCGGGGCACACCGACAGAGAGAGAGAGUGUGAGGGCGAGGGUGAGGUAAGCAACCCCCUGGGAGCCCUGGGGUUCCCUGGCUCGCUUGUCCUCGCCAGCACAGGCAUCUUCUGAGAAAACCAAUCCUUGCAUUUUCUGUUCUCUAACAUGGCUUUUGACAUCUUCAAGGAGUCCAGAACGGUGCCUCCCUCUUUAUCUGUAGGGCCUCUUUGGUGCUGCCUCAGCCUCUUCAGCAGUGGUUGGUGCUUGUGGGCCAGGGUGCUCUGCCCUGCCUGGAGGUGGCUGGGGCUGGUGACGGGGGCAGGCCCUGGCUGGGGGCGGGGGUGGUCAGGCAGCUCUGCUGUCCUGCCCUGGCUGGACCCAGCCCUGACCUUUGGGUAGCUGGAGGUAUCAGGUGGGAGGUCAGAGCCUUUGCUCCCAUACUGCCUCAGACGACCGGCCACACCAGCAUUAGUGACAGCUGCCAUGGCCCUGUGGGGCUGUGCUCAUGUGACAUGGGGCCGCUAGGCGCCCUGGAAAUGGCAGGUGGUGGAUGAUGCGGGGACUGGGCCAGAGCCUUCUGAGGAAGCGGGCCCCUCGGCAGCGCAGUGUCAGACAGAAGCCUGUCAGCCGCCUGCUGAAAGCCUGGAGGUCAGGGGCUGCCCAGCCCGCGUAGCCCAGUCUGAGGUGGCCCCACGCAUUUGCCAGGUGGCUGGCCCGCUGAGCUACCCUGGCAACAGGCUCCCUGGAGAACAUGGUCCUGGGCCUCGCCCAGGCCUUGUCCGACCGACUCGCUGCUUCUGCUGGCCCCUGGGCGUUUCUUCUCAGCUCAGGGCUCGCUCUGGCAAUCCUAUGUCCUUUCUUGGCUCGGCGUUGGGCGGAGUGGCCAGGCGGGGUCAUGGCUCUCCUGUC